AUGUCAGCUCAUCGCGGCCACCGCAAGGGCGGCGAUGCGGCCACUUCUGAGCUUCAUGUUGUGCUAUAUGAAUGGCAAACAAGCUGCCAGAAGAACAACGACGAUGAAGGAUUGGCCGAAGAUCUAUAUCAGAUCAACAGUCGCAAAGAACGAGCGGCGAACAAUCGAGAUAAGAUCCAGUUCGUGGACAAGGGAAGAAAGAAGGAAAGCCCACAUGAAAUCACAUCGACACAAAGGAGGGUGAUCAAUGGCUACUAUAUGCAGUCCAGGGGCUCAUAUGAUGGCGGUCCAGACUAG